AUGAUUACAGCUUCUUUAAAUGAUAGUUACAAGUUGAUGAACACGCAAGGAGACAACAGUUUAUUAAUGGAAAGUAAUUACAAAGCAACUCUAAAUACAACUAAAGCGGCAACCACAGCAGCAACAACAACCACAACAGCAGCGAAUGGUGUAUAUAAAGAAACACCUGCCGAUCAAUCUGGACCUAGUUCAGCCGAGGAAACGGUAUUUCUUCCGACUUAUGCAUCGCUACCGACAACGAAACUGGAAGAAGAGCCCAACCCAUUUGAACAAAGCUUCGAGAGUACCAAUAUUAUGCAAAAACCCAUCCUACCCAGCGUGAAGUCCAUGGAUAAUCCAAAACCAACCAGAUUGGAUGCAUUAGAAAAUCAAUGGGAUAGUUUAAGGACUGGUAUUCUAUCACCUUCCAUGCUACCUGGUCCAACCCCAACAGCGAGAAGACCCAUUAAAUACGAGGUCGAAACCACUACUUUUUACAAUCACACCUAUGAUAACCCACCACCCACGGUCAAACAUGCAAGAAAAGUCUCCAACAGCAGCAGUUCAGAAGCAUCCUUCAAUGCAUCGAAUAAAAAACAAAAGACAGCCCAAGGUGAUACAGAAGAUGAAGAAAAACGAAAGAACUUUUUAGAACGCAAUCGAAUCGCUGCGUUGAAAUGUAGGCAACGUAAGAAACAAUGGCUACAAAACCUUCAAACUAAAGUGGAAUACUUGGCAGCCGAUAACGAACAAUUUCAUAUGCAAACCAAUGCAUUACGAGAAGAACUCAUCAACCUAAAGACACUCUUAAUGGCGCAUAAGGAUUGUCCUAUUGGCCAACAAGAUUUAAAAAUCGCUUUAAGUCGACCUAUACCUGGUGUGCCUGCUCUACCUCAUUUGCUUGAAAAAAACAACGACGACUAA